UUCACCUCAAACCCCCCCCGUUCAUUGUUUCGUCCCUCCUUCCAUCCCCUGAUUCGCUCCUUUUCUUUUUCCACCUGCUUGGAGAGCGAAAGGUGUUGUAUCUGAUUGUCGCUCUCCUUUUCUCUCUCUCUCUCUCUUCAUUGAUGCCUUGAUCUGUGUCGCCCCCUUGUUUAUCAUUAGCGAGUGGGACAACUUUCGUGAUGAACGGGUUCGGCGACCACGGCCUCAAUGAGGAUGCGUUUGGGGAGAAGUCCGAGCUGCAGGGCGGCUUAAAGACUUUUGACGCGUUUCCCAAAACCAAAACCUCCUACACAGCCCCCUCCCGCCGCGGCGGCCAAUGGACCGUCCUCAUCCUCGUCAUCUGUACAAUCUUCUCAGUCAACGAAUUCCGGACUUGGCUCCGCGGCACCGAAACCCACCAAUUCAGCGUGGAGAAGGGCGUCUCGCACGACCUGCAACUCAACUUGGACAUCGUGGUGCGCAUGCCCUGCGACACCCUGCACGUCAACAUCCAAGACGCUUCGGGCGAUCGCAUUCUGGCGGGCGAGCUGCUGCAGCGCGAGCGCACCAGCUGGCAGCUGUGGAUGGACAAGCGCAACUCGCACCACGACGAGUACCAGAAGCUCAGCCAGGAGGACUCGGACCGGCUGGCGGCGCAGGAGGCAGACGCGCACGUCCACCACGUGCUGGGCGAGGUGCGCCGCAACUCGAAGCGCAAGUUCCCCAAGGGGCCCCGGCUGCGACGCAACGACGCGGUCGACUCGUGCCGCAUUUUCGGGAGUCUCGAGGGGAAUAAAGUGCAGGGGGAUUUCCAUAUUACGGCCCGCGGGCAUGGGUAUCAGGAUGCGCAGGGGGGGCAUUUGGAUCAUAAUGUAUUCAACUUCACCCACAUGAUCACCGAGUUAUCUUUUGGCCCGCACUACCCCACCCUUCUCAACCCCCUCGACAAGACCAUCGCCGCCACCGAAGCCCACUACUACAAAUACCAGUACUUCCUCUCCGUCGUGCCCACCAUCUACUCCAAGGGCGCCACCACCGCCGCGCAACAGAUGUACAGGGACCCCAAAGCCCUCGUCAAAUCAAACAAAAAUCUGGUCAUCACCAACCAAUACGCCGUCACCAGCUCCGCUGACAUCCUCCCCGAGAGCCCCUACUUCAUCCCCGGCAUCUUCUUCAAGUACAACAUCGAGCCGAUCCUCCUACUGGUGAGCGAGGAGCGCUCGAGCUUCCUGGCGCUGCUGAUGCGGCUGGUGAACACCGUGUCCGGCGUCAUGGUGACGGGCGGGUGGCUGUAUCAGAUGGCUGGCUGGGUGGGUCAGUUGGCCUUGAAGAAGAGACGCGAGAAGUCCGAGGGGGUGUUGAAUGGGCGGCAUUUUGCGGAGGAUUGAGUUGCCUUGGGUUUUGUUUCCGGGGGGCGGCAGCAAAGUGGGUGGGGUGGUGAGUUGAGCUUCACCCCACGUUAUACAUAUCAUAUCUUAGGAAUUUCUCGGUUUUGGAAUGCAAUCUUUUUAAAUGUAAG